CCAAACCACAUCAAAACUCCACACAACACCCCAGGCAAAAAUUCAGAUGCAACCACAACCCCACAUAACACCCCAGUCCAUAAUUCAGAUCCAACCACUACCCCACACAACACCCCAAUUAAAAGUCCAAACCAAACCACAACCCCACACAACACCCCAGUCCAAAAUUCAAAUGAAACCACAACCCCACACAACACCCCAGCAGAAAGUCCCGAUCCAACUACAACCCCACACAACAGCCCGUACUAAGCUCCAUGCACAGCCAAAACCCCUAUCGACAACCCAGCCUAUAUUUCAAACAAAACCUCAACUGCAAAUCCAAACAACAGUCCAGCCCAAACUCCACACCCAACCUCAACAACACCUGGCAGUAUCCCAGCCUACAGAGCAUACCCACCCCCUUUCACUGCCUCAGACAAAACCAAAACCCCAAUCACAUCUUCAAACCACACCACAUCUUGAAUCAGAACCACAGCCUCAGCCAACACCCUACACCAAACGCCAGGCCCAACCUCUAGCACAAGAGCAACAUAAGACCCAGACAGAGCCUCAGAGACAAGAUCAACUAAGUUCCCAAACCACUCCUGUGCCAUCCAUUCAAUCCACUUAUCCAAUACCCCAGCACAUUCCCUAUACCAAGGAAAGACUGCUAAAGACUCAAAUUCAACCUCAACCUCAACCUCAUCCACAAAAUAAAUCUCCAAAUCCACCACAUAAACCAAAGACACCACAACAACAGCCAGGUGUAAGUACCAGGCACAAGUCUGGAAACCAACCAACAUCAAAACCAAGCAUAAUUUCUUCCCAUUCCAAACCCUCAACACAACCCGAACCCAAGAACCAAACCAAGCCCCAACCACUCUCUCAACCAAAAAGGCAGCCCAAGCUUCACCCAUCAACUCAAUUUCCAAAAAGUCAUUCAAAGCCAAUAAUUAGGGAUAAGCAAAACUCUCCACCAAAAAUUCUGCCACAGUUAAAAUUACAACCUCCAAAAAACACCCAGGACCAUGUUGUACCUCAACCCAUUACCAAGCCACAGUUUCCAUCAAAGGCCCAGUCACAACCCCAACUUCCAUCUAAGCCCCAACCUAAACCUCAAGCUGGGCUUCAGCCUCACUCCAGGACCUACUCUGAUCCCACCAAGGUCACCUCAAAGCAGGCAGUCCCUACGGCUCCUAGUCCACAAGAAGAGGGCAAGCCUCUACCAAGACCUGCCCUGGCUACAGAGAAGGCUGGUAGAUACAAUCAUGGUCCUGGUGUUCUCGGGUCGUCUGAAGUUCCUCGUUCUCCCAUUAGCUCAUCUGUUCCUACAGCAGGAAGAAACACCACCCUGCGUCGCACAUGGGCUACUUCUCAUUCCACUAAUCAUGUUGCCAGACCAUUCUCACAAUCCAGGACAGUCACUUCCUCUCACAGUUCCAGCACACCUGGCGCCAGUGGGGCGCAUCAUAGGGGCAAUGCUCUUCCUAGACGUAUGGUGUGGCCCAAAGAAAAAUCCGUUCUGCGUCCCCCUGUUUCUGGCAACAAGAAGCCCAACCUGGUGGGAAAGCCUAGCAGUCAUGAUAAACUCAUGGACCUGAAACAAGGAGAAAAGGCGUCUAUCCUGAAGCCGUUCCCGCUGGUCACAGCCAGACCCAAGCAAGAGCCCAAACAGCAGACGACCACCACAGCCCCUGCGCUAAACACCAGCCGUUUUGACAUAUAUGAAAACUCCUCCAUAUUCAGGCCCUUGCCUAAGUCAGAGGUAGACAGCAUGGGCAACCCGCGCUUUAUAGCUCCCCACGUCAUCUACAAGACAGAUAAGCCGCCAGAAGAGCCGUGUUCUAUCACCUCCUCCCUCGCUUACUUCCCCGAUGAGGAAGGCAGCGAUCAGAAUGUGACCGGUCCUCCCCGUCUACCUCCAUCCAACGUCACUGUGGUCACCGUGGAGGGUUGCCCAUCCUUUGUCAUUCUUGACUGGCAGAAAACCGACAACGAAACCAGAGAGUAUGAAGUUGUGUCCACCACCACAGGCCCGAAUGGAAGGCAGAUGUCAGUAUUGACAACCAACCAGACCCACACAGCCGUGGAGAAUCUCAAACCAGAGAGCAGUUAUGAAUUCACAGUAACACCGAGGAAUGAGCUGGGAACGGGACCCUCCUCCGAUCCUGUAACUUUUAGCACAGAGUCAGCGGACCCUCGAGUGAGCGAGUAUGUUUCAGGCAAAGAUGCCAUCUGGACUCAGUUUCCGUUUAAAGCUGAUGCCUACUCUGAAUGCAAUGGAAAGCAGUUCGUGAAGAGAACCUGGUACCGAAAGUUUGUGGGCAUCCAGCUCUGCAACUCCUUAAGAUACAAGAUCUACCUGAGCGAGACUCUCAAUGGGAAGUUUUACAACAUAGGGGAUCAGACGGGAUACGGCGAGGACCACUGUCAGUUUGUGGAUUCUUUCUUGGAUGGCAAGACUGGCAGCCAUUUUCUGGCUGACCAGCUUCAAAGCAGACAAGGCUUCUACAGAGCGCUGAGACAAGAGCCCGUUUCCUUUGGAGAGAUCGGAGGAAAGUCGCACGCGACUUACGUAGGCUGGUAUGAGUGUGGCACGCCCAUACCUGGAAAGUGGUAAGAACCCACAGGACUGUCCAGGAGGAUGGACUAAGUAGUGAGGAAGAAGAUGGACAUCAAAGACGCCUGAGUGAUCCUGAAGGGAGGUGGGCUUUUCUUACGUGGACUCUGUAGACGGCGCUUUAAAAUCACACCUCCGUCCUGGACGUGGACUUCUACAGAACUAUUAGGCGUCACAAAACUCUCUAGAGUACAUUUCUUGAUCAUAAAUGUCCCUAGGGACAAAAGAAUGCAGAAGUUGGAGUGAUCCAAAAUGUUGAACAUACAAUUAAUCACAAGAGAAAAUGUUGGGAAGCUGGCUCCCAAAGUGUAAUAACUUGAUAUAAAGUAUGAUAAUAUUUAUCAAGAAUAUUGAAUUGUGUGUGCUGGGGCUUUUGAGAUAAACUAAAAUGCAGUAUUUGUAUUGAGCGCCCACACUGGUCAUGUGUAUACAGACAGGUGCCAAUCAUAUGUUCAUUGUACAGGUUGACUGUAAAAUACACAAACACACAGUGACCUUCUGCUGGCCCUAAGGGAUUAUUAACAGUUGCAGUUUGCACAGUAUUAAACGUCUGCUCAUAUAUGUAUAUGGUGUCCAAUACAGUUUAUUAAGUGUCUGACAGAUGGUGGCACAUUUCAGGUAAAAGAGAAUAAUCAGUGGUUCAGGCCAGCAUUUCUAUGGGAGCUUUUAGAAAUGAGACUUGAUGCCAUUAAUGUCGGCUUGUCCUGUAUUUUACAGAGUAAAAAUAUAAUAGUGGAAACUGUACAAA